CGCCACUGUGGGUGGACGUGGUCAAGUGUUGCUCCCCAUUUGACAACCCAAGCUUGGAGUUGGUGAUUGGGUGUCAGUCCCUUGACCUGUAUGGUAUCCUGCUUGUGCAGGGGCAAGUGGCUUAGUGCAGCUGCUCUAGAGGCAGAACUUCAUACUUUCAAACUCUGGCAAAAUAUUGAAGUACGUGACCUUGGAGUUAACUUCCACCUAACCUACUACUGGGAUACAUUAUUGAAGAUCCUGCCGGAGAAGCUGACGGAGUGGGAGCAGCACCCUCACCGCUCCCCGACACUCGUCAUCAUCGCUGCGGCACUGCACUGGAUGGAAGCAACUCAAGAUGUGUACCAGAGCCAGGGACCCGAGGCAGCCGUCGCCUUGUAUAGGACGCACAUCAGUAGCUUCAAGGACCAACUCACCCGCCUCGCAGCCAACACUACUGUCGUCUUUAAGCUCCUCGACGACCUUAGGAGAGCCAGCGAACCAAAUGCAUGGAAAGCCAUCAACACCCGGAGUAACUACCCGUUGUACAACAAGGCGGCGGUGGCGGCACUGUCAGGGACAGUAGAGCCACAAGAACGCCAAGUAUUUCGAGCAAAAGCAAAAAUAGAUUUGAGAAUAUCGAAUAUGGAUAUGAUAUAG